AACCUCCCAACACAGCCAAAUUCAAGUCCCUUAAUCUCAAAGUCUCACACACGUGGGCCCUCUCUUCGCUCUCUCUUUCUUCUCCCGCCGUGCGGCCGUCGCCGUCCCUGUCCCUGCCCCUUGCCGCCAGCCACCACUGUCACUCGCCGCCGGUUCAUUCUUCUCCAGGCGUCACUGGCGUCUUCCCUCUCAGUAUUUUUUUUCAAAAUCUUAGAUAUUGUCUUUUAUAUUUCUGAGAUCUAUUAUACUCCAGAGUCCAAGCAAAUUGCGUCGCCGCUGCCUGAAUUACUCCACCCAACCACCGCCCCCAGCUUCCCUUUAGCCGCUGAGGCAUUUCGUACACUCUAUGUUGUUUAUAAUCCUUUGGUUCUUUUCGGACGGUGAAGGAUUAAAAUUCGAAUGACAGUGUGAAUUAUGUAUCUGUAAUGGAUGUAAAGGCUCUGGCGAAGUCUAAAAGGGCUCAUGCUCAACACCAUAGCAGAAGGCCGCACGCCCCCCAUACGAAUCAGAAACCAAAAGCCUCGUCUGAUGGUACAAACAGUGCUGCAAGUGCAAAGAAGCCAUUGGGAAAGCAAGUUGGAGAGAAAACCCCUCCUCAGCCUCGGGGUGUCUCUAAACUUCCCUCAAAUUGGGACCGCUACAAGGAAGAACUUGAUCCAUCAGCCAGUGAUGGAAAAAGUCAACCUUCUGAUGUAAUUUUGCCGAAGAGUAAAGGAGCAGACUACGGUCACCUGCUUGCGGAGGCUCAGGCUCAGCAAAGUUUUUAUGUGGAUGUCUUUCCUUCUCUUGAUGAUGUAAUACCUGGAGAGUUCAACCAAGGACUAGGCGCUAUGCUGUCAGUUAGGGGAGAGGGCAUUCUUUCAUUGGUUGGAGAUAAUAAUUUUGUUGUAGAGGACGAGACAGUAGCAACUCAUGAGGCAUCAUUUCUCUCCCUUGAUUUGCAUGCUCUUGCUGCAAAACUUGAAAAUAUCGACUUAUCACAGAGGCUCUUCAUUGAAGAAGAUCUAUUGCCAUCAGAACUGUGCACAGAGGGACUAAAGACUAGCAGCUCUCAGGAAUCUAACCAGAUAGAGACAUGCUAUGCUGAACCAGCAACGGCAAUAUCUGAAGAAGUUUUGGACAAGGUAAAGAUUGCAGGUCAAAAUACUGAGCAUACAUCUUUCGCCACCUCUGGAAGCAGCAAGGCGGAUCAAAGGUUGUCUAGCCAAGGGUUAGUUUCAGUGAGUGCCAUCAAUGUUGAUCCGAGACAAAUAGGCAAAUCUAGUCAAAAUAAAAAACCAGAGUCAACAGAACAAUUUGAUGCGAACUCUGUUUGGGAAACACAAACGAAACUCUCCUCAUUUGCGGCGGAAGAGGAAUUGGAUAUGCUUCUAGACUCUUUUAGUGAGACCAAGAAGAUCGUCAAUCCCUCUGGCUUCAGGUCCAAUGAUUCCUCUCCGGUUUUACAACAAGAAGCUUCAAUGGCUCCAUUCCGGCCACUUUCAAAACCUGACCGAGAUUCAUCUAAACCUUCACCGUUUAUUGCUACUCUAGACGAUUCUCUUGAUGACUUGCUUAAGGAGACAUCCAAUGUGAUGAGCCAAAAUGUCUUACCUCAGUCGCUGGAAGGGAAAGCCGAUCUUUAUGCUGUCCAAUCUUCUACCUCUCAUUCUGGAACCAUGUCCAAAGUGUUAGAUGAAUUUGAUUCGUGGUUAGAUACAAUUUGAUUGUUUGUACGCUAAAAAUUCUAGCUUGUACUAAAUUUCUGUACAAUGUUAGUUCUGCCCUUCACAAGUAAAACGCUUUGGAGGGUCAAUUACAGAGGUUCAAUGUGAUGAGAAACAGCUCUUUACCUACA